GUAGGCAUCUGCCGAGCGAGGAAGCGCAUUCAGUGGCUCUAACUCAUAUGCAACGCACGUGUGCAGUAUAAAAUUAAAUAAAUUAAAAUUAAAAAUACCCCAAUUUCAGAUCAUAAAUUCAAGUCGAUCACUCAACAUCUCGAUCGUCCAGUUUAAAACUUUGCAAGAAAAGUUUUCCUAACUUUGAAUUUUAAAUUUAGAACUUUUCAUUGGAUACCAAAUUUCUUUCUUUCAGGUUUAUUUAUAUAUAAAGUAGAAAAAGAAGCGGAAUCAUUUAAGGAAUUAUUCAAAGCAUAGAGGGUAAUUAUAAAUAUAGCCAGGAAAGGAUAAUAUAUAAUAAAAAGUUAAAAACUAUCGUCGUUUGACUCCUCUGGCAGCGAAUGUCGCCGAUCAGACUGCCAUCGGUUGUAGUCAAAUGACAAUAACUAGAAUAAAGGUUCGAGAGCGCUCAUGAGACAGUCGUGCCAUCGCCUGCUGGAGCACCAACAAGCAGGCAGUGAAGAGCCUCCACUGUACUCGCCUAUCGAUCAAAUCACAGUGGUACCUGAGCAUGUGGCCAGGCAAGGCGGCGGCAAGCUGACACGAUAUGCGACGACGGAAGAGGACGAAGCGACACUCAGGGAGCUUCUACUUAGCCUUCAGAGACAGGUUAGCGUGAUGAGCAUGAACCUGACUGCCAAGUUGGAUGAGCUGCAGCGCGGCGACCGCCAGCUCGAGACCACAGUGGCCCUCUGCGAGAUCCGCACGCAGCUGCAAGAACUCACCAAGAGCGUCGAGUCAUGCCAGAGCGAAGUGUCCGAGGUGAAACGUGACAUGGUUGCCAUCAAACAAGAAUUGGACACAGUGCAGCAGGUGAAGGACGAGAUUGAAGAGUUGAGGGAAUACGUGGACAGGCUCGAAGAACACUCACAGCGAAGGAAACUGCGCCUACUCGAACAGGGGCUGACCUUCUUCUUGUCGUACGCCAUCCUAGCGGCAGUGCUCGGUAUGCUCCAGUUUGGCUAUAACACCGGUGUCAUCAACGCUCCCGGACGAAACAUCGAAAACUUCAUGAAGGACGUAUACAAGGACCGGUAUGGCAAGGACAUCCACGAAGACACGGUCAACCAGCUCUAUUCCAUCGCAGUCAGCAUCUUUGCAAUCGGCGGCAUGUUGGGUGGCUUCUCUGGUGGCAUGAUCGCGAACCGAUUUGGCAGGAAAGGUGGUCUACUUCUGAACAACAUCCUGGGCAUCAGCGGCGCUAGUCUCAUGGGCUUCACCAAGAUAUCACACUGCUACGAGAUGCUCUUCUUCGGCAGAUUCAUCAUCGGCGUCAAUUGCGGGCUGAACACCUCACUAGUGCCAAUGUACAUAUCGGAGAUCGCGCCACUAAACCUGCGGGGUGGGUUGGGCACCGUUAACCAGCUGGCAGUGACAGUAGGGCUGCUACUAUCACAGGUGUUGGGCAUUGAGCAGAUACUUGGAACGGAUGAAGGCUGGCCUAUUCUACUCGGGCUGGCCAUCUGCCCAGCGAUCCUGCAGCUACUUCUGUUGCCAGCGUGUCCUGAAUCACCAAGGUAUCUGCUCAUCACACGACAGUGGGAAGAAGAGGCACGACGGGCUCUGCGGCGGCUACGGGCAAGCAAUCAGGUGGAGGAAGACAUAGAGGAGAUGCGUGCGGAGGAGCGAGCACAGCAAGCGGAGGCGUCAAUUUCCAUGCGGGAGCUACUGUGCUCACCAACACUCCGCGCGCCUCUGCUAAUAGGCGUGGUCAUGCAGCUUUCACAACAACUCAGUGGCAUCAAUGCUGUCUUCUACUAUUCAACAUCUCUCUUCACAUCAUCGGGCCUCACGGAAGAGUCGGCAAAAUUCGCGACUAUGGGUAUUGGUGCCAUCAUGGUGGGGAUGACCCUCGUGUCACUCCCGCUGAUGGACCGCACGGGGCGCAGGACCCUCCACCUCUAUGGCCUGGGCGGCAUGUUCAUCUUCUCCAUCUUCAUCACGAUCUCGUUUCUGAUAAAGGAGUUCUUCGGCUAUGUGCAGGAAAUGAUAGACUGGAUGAGCUACCUGUCAGUGGUGUCGACGCUGAGCUUCGUGGUGUUCUUCGCGGUGGGCCCUGGUUCCAUCCCGUGGCUGAUCACUGCCGAGCUGUUUUCGCAGGGCCCGCGACCAAGUGCGAUGGCCAUCGCUGUCUUAGUUAACUGGAUGGCCAAUUUCGUUGUCGGAAUUGGCUUUCCUAGCAUGAAGGCACUACUGGAAAACUAUACAUUCCUGCCUUUUAGCGUAUUCCUUGCAAUUUUUUGGAUAUUUACGUAUAAAAAAGUUCCUGAAACCAAAAACAAGACCUUCGAAGAGAUAUUGGCAUUGUUCCGGAAUUCCAACGGGAGUGUCGGAGCAAUCGUCGGGUGGGGGGGAGGCGGGCCGGCCGCCCCCGCCCCUGCCGCCCCCGCGGUUCCCUGCCACAGGCAACGUCUGACAAUGGGAGACCGCUGCGCGUGCGCCUCUAGUCGCGCCACUCAAGGCCGCCGCCAACUUCUUGUUUCAUGGACUCAAGCGUCAAGCGGGCCGCGCCUCUAUCACUACCACACAACAAAUGUUCUAAAUCAAUGUGAUUAGGUUAAUAAAACGAAACUAGCACGUAAGUCACGGCGUAAAGUUAAAAUAGUUCUUUAGUCUGUCAUUUUAUGACAUAAUUUAUGAAUGCAUAGGUACCUUGUAAAGUGCCAUCGGUUUCUUGUACCCAUUUUAAUUAGGUCUUCAUGAAAUUUUAUUAAAACAAAAUUAAUUAAAGUGGAAAUUUUAACCCGACUCCGAAGUACCAGCCAGGCUCGGGCCAAUUCAACACUUGUCUUUACGGUCGACAGAUUCUAGCUUCUGAUAUUAUAUUAAACUUAAAGUAAGUAUGUUCGACGACGACGAUACUCAUGUACUUAAUGGUAGAUUUUUAACGACUACUUUGUAGAGAGGCGCGCGCGGCGAGCGGCGUGCCGCCCGCGCCCCGCUAUUGCACGGGUUACAUGCUGGCUAAGUCAAGUAGGGGUAUAUAAUAUAAAAUGGGGACGAUGAGUACAUUGCGCCGCACGCCACGCCCCUGCGCAGGCGUCGCUAACAACCUAUAAUAUGACAAUGUACAUACAAUGCUGUGACUUUAUUGUAUUGUUAAUUUUUUAUAUAAUAUGUAUAAUUAUUAAUUAGGUAUAUUAUUUUACGAACGUUUUUAUUCUCUUUUUACUCAUAAUUAUUAUUGUUAUAAUGAUAAAUUAACGUCAUAUCUAAAGUGACAGAGAUUAUCUAUUAAUUAUUAUAAUUAUCGCAUAAAUUAUUAUAAAUAAAUAAUUAUAAUGCCGGACAGGUCCCGGCCAGAGACAUGUUUAAUUGCAGUUGUGGGAAUUGAUUGUAAAAAUAAUAUUGUAAUUUAUUCAGAGCAAUGUACUAGCAAUUUUUACAUAAUUUACACCAUUGUGACGCUUACUUUUAUAUUUUAGUUCUGUUGGUUCAGCGUUUAGAGUACUAUUUAUUUGUAGCGUUAAGAGAUAAUAAAAAAAAACAUAUUAUUAUCUUUUUAAAUGAAGAAAAGAAUAGAAUAUGGUAAGUUAUACAAUUUUGUGAAGACUUUUAAGAAUGUAAAGCUUUUAAACUUAUACGCCCUUAGAAGACGAAAAAGUUUCAUUAUUAUUAGUUAGGAUUCCGUAGUUACUACAGGGUUGUAGUCAAUUUGUUCGUCCAUGCAUCUGAACACUGCUCAAUUCAGGAUGUAAGAUAGACGGUUCCGUAGCUUAUUGUAAUUGUCUGCUGGCGCGGCCUAAAGAUAUUUGUGUGUGAAUUAUUAUGAGAGUGUCGUUGACAAGGACUGCGCUCAUUGUGCCGACUCCGAUAGCGCCAGAUAUUGUGAUAAAGUCUAGUAGCCGUAGCAUGAUGCACGCAUAUCGCGCGAGUUGUGAUAUAUAAACUGAUUCUAUUGGGUACACGACACAUAAAGCAAUUGUAUUGGUUUAUGUAUCGCGUCGCCGUUACCGUGUUACGGCUGAAGAACGAUGUAGAAAUGUUCCGGGGGUGUGACUUAAAGUCUGACUGAUGCUAUAGAUAAGAUAGAUUCAAGAUAGCGAAUAUGCGCGAUAUUUUUGUUACAGUAUAAGCAUACGGACAGAGUUGUCGAAUCAAGGUGCAAUUCAGAAGCACGCGGCCGACGACCACGUCGCCUGACGUCUAAUUCCUCUUUAGCUUCGCUGCUAACUGUUUUUCUAUAAAGAAUAUUUUUUUAAAAGUCAUUAUAUAUGGAGACGGUGCACACCAUUCCUGUCAAUGUCAUCGAUGCGCAAGAUCCUUGCCCUUGUCAAUAUAUUAUAUAUAUAUAUAUAUAUAAUAUUCACUCAGUAUUACCAUGUUUUGGAGAGGUUACAAAUUGUAUGUACCUAUGUAAUGUAAAGCUUGAUUCAAACAAAGUGUAGAAAGUGGGAUUAGCGGACCGGUGCCCCGGAUUUUGUAUGAAACCGCAAACAAAAUUCCGCGGCUUAUCCUCAUUUUCUUACUUUCCCGACUCUGUGUGCAGCAAGCAUUACCGCUAUAAUAGUAUACAUCAGUGAUUACUGUAAUCAAUUGCGUAAAACGUAGGCAAUGUACCAUCAACUCUAAUAUAAUUCAAGUCCGCUUCUUUCCUAUAAGACUACCAGCUGUACUGAACAAACUAUCGCGCAAUCAUCAAUAUUUAUGUAACUAUCAUAGCCAGACGACACGAGUUACGAGCAUAUUUAUACCACUACUAGCGCCUCGACCUAGCUUCGACUGACUGCAAUUACUGCAACUGCAAUACCUUACAGUAUUCUAAAAUACAUGCAGAGCACAACAACAAAAACCGCGUGAAAAUCCAUUCGGUGGUUCUCGAGAUUAACCCGAAUAUAUAUAUAGAGGUUUUCAGUUAUGGGUGUUAAUGACAUCGUAACGAAAACUUUUAAGGUCAUUUAGACCUCAAUUCUGAGUUGAUGUCAAGAGGAAUUUUCUAUCUAAAAAAAUAUGAUUAUGAACUUAGAAUCAUGGUCUAAAUCAUCCCCCUCAGUAUUCAUUACGAUGUCGCUAACACCCUGUAUAUGAUGAUUGAUGUAUAUUCCCUUUUAUUGCACAUUUUUUGGUAUAUAUACACGGGUAAAACCGCGCCGUCUGGAGAUAGUCAAAUAGUUUGAACACUGGAAUUUUGAAUAUAGGUAUUUCAUAGCACCUAAUCAGACUUACAGUUACUACUAUCUGCGUGCAAAACCUGGAGAAUUGAUGAGAAUGUAGUUGUACUAGACGUAUGAAGAAAUGGUCUAUCGGGGCCAGUAUAUUGUAGCAAUAACCUUUUAUUUUGUUGUAAAUAGACAAAUGGCUAGUAAGCUUUAUUAUUUGUAAUGUUUUAUCUGUGCCAAUGUUGUUUCUUUACCGAAUCGAUGUAUGGAUUAGAAAGAGAUAUGCAACCGAUUCACUUUGGAAUUAACUGCAAUUUAACAUUAUACCUAUAUAUAAUAUAAGUAUUUGUAUUUUUUUUACUCGACCUGAGUCGGCUUUUUCAGGUCGACUAAAAAAUACAACUAUAUCGUAUAUACCUAUAUUAUAAUAUUAUUACAUCUAUUACGUACAAAAUGUUUUAUAUUCGUUACAUACAUAAUUAUAUUUUAUAGAUUUUAUUUUUCAUAUUGUAUUAGAUUGGUGUGCUAUGUCAUGUACUUAAAGAACCUACG